CCGUUCAUGGUCAGCUUGAAUAUCGGUAACACUAGUUUUCUUCCCCUGGAGAAAGAUGCCUUGAAUUUUAUAACCUCCUUUGUCUACUCAUGGAUGACUAAGCGAAACAGGUGACCGGCCUUGUUGAUUCAAAUUUGUUUCUCUCUUCCUCUUUCUCGAGAUCUACCUGCUGCCAUAGCAAAGCAUUAUGUUAAGAUCACUUCCCAUCCCCUUCGUAUGCUCCCAGCGUAUCCUACAUAGUCUUUUCUACCUUCGCAAGGUAUACCUUCAUCAUGCUUUUGUAUACUUCGGAAGUUAACCGCUUCGGCUCCGGAUACUCUUUGCCGGAGUGUGGAGUCACUUCCCCGCACGUCGACGAUGAAGUACAAAUCCGUUUGAUUCCCGGAAAUUUCUCCUGGAUGAGAAUAAUCUGUUUGAAGUCUCUUCCACUCUCACUUUUGGAACAGUCAGGAAAAAGGAAUAAGGAAUAGGCGGGGCUAUAAUUCAUGCAACCUUUAGUAGCUACUACUAUCAAUCCCUACGAAACUAAAUGGUAACCAAGCCCGUCAGGGCGGACACGCAGCCUCCCACCGGAAAUGAUUGUCACACUAGUUUGACCAUCGAUAUGCGGCGGCCCACGGAAGCGCAAAAGAGGAAAGCGUCUGAGCCAUUAAUAGCCAAGCCAGGCAAUGCAAGGCAGAAAGUUACGAGAGCCUGUGAUCACUGCAAGGAGAAAAAGACCCGAUGCACCGGAACACUUCCGUGUAUGAGAUGUACGAGACUGUCACUUUCUUGCGAAUACAACGCGGCCUACUCUAGGGGCUUGCCUCCAGAACCCCUACCAGUGGCUGACUACGGAGGCCAAAAUCAUGUUCUCUCACCAGCCCAUACUACUCGGAGCCAUUCUUCUCCGCGGUCGACAAGGAGCUAUUCCCGCAAUUCAACUCGUCCGCGCCAGCAGUGUAAGAGUCUCGCCGAGAUUUCCAGUCGGAAUUCACCUGACCCCGUGGUCACUGAUUUCGAGGGUAACUAUCUUGGCCCUGCAUCGGGGGUCUCAUUUCUGAACCGUGUCUGGCGCCGACUACACCAGGAUGAAAUACGGGCGAUUCCCGGCGAACUGCAGAGAGAGCCAUCCUCCAAAAGCACGUCUGUAUUCAUGUUCGGAGAUAGACCCUAUUCGGGUGAUCGUGAGGCUGGCUUUACCCUUCCCUCAUUUGGGAGGGCCCGAGAGUUGGUUGAGAUAUACUUUGACUACUCUAUGGUUACUUACCGCUUCCUACAUAGAGGAACCGUGGAGGAGUGGCUGAAUCAAGUGUAUGAAAGCAAUAUCUCAUCCGUGAACCCACCGACUGGUCCUAUGGUAGCUAGGGCUGCUAUUGUCCUUAUAAUAUUUGCUGUAAGCUCGCUUUAUGAGGAGCUGAAACCAGACAACGACACUGACGUUUGGAAUGGAAGCGAGCGAUGGUACGCGGCGUCAAAAUACCUGUUGUCCCUGGAGUCGGGGCCCCCCCGGCUGGAGUCCGUUCAAGCAAGGCUAGGGCAAUGUCUUUAUCUGCUUUCAUCAUCCCGAGCUAACGAAUGUUGGUAUGCCUUUGGGACCGCGCUGCAACUUGUGACAGCCUUGGGUCUGCAUCGAAAGUGCCCUGCCAAGAAGUCAAAGAAUGCAAAUUCCUACCUGGAGCGUGAAAUCCGUAAACGGAUCUUCUGGAGCACCUACACUCUGGAUAAAUACCUUAGUGUGAUGUUUGGGAGGCCUAGAUUAAUGCAUGAGGAAGACCAUGACCAGGAACUUCCGGAUGAGGUAAAUGACGAGGAUAUGUCCCAAGACGACGCGCACCGAAGGACAGGCUCUCCCGACUGCAUGAUGAUUGCAUCUGUACUUCACUACAGACUGGGCCGCGUGCUUGGUGAGAUUUCCCGACAAUUAUAUACGAUCAAUCCGCGAUCUCGAGAGCCACCCCUCGAUAUAGCUGUGCGGCUUACUUCGGUGCUAGAAGAAUGGAAAGAGACCGCACCACCAUUAUUCAACAGUGUUCGGGCAACAAGCCUUAUUCCACCCCUAUGUAGGCAAAGUCAAGUAUUGCAACUUGCAUAUUCGCAUGCGAUCAUUCAUGUCACCAGAUCAUUCCUCUUAAAUGAUUUCACAGAUCUCAGUCGCAGACCGCCAGUAUCACAUCUCACAAUAACGAGCCAUGUGCAAAAAUGCAUAGGGGCUGCCGAAGACGUCAUGAGAAUAGUGGACACCCUCGGCAAACAAGGCGUCCUAAUCCGGUCAUUUUGGUUCACCCAUUAUGUGUGCUUUUGUGCCAUCACGGUAGUGUAUAUAUACACGAUCCAACAAUGUCAACUGUCAUCAUAUCCUGAUGCCUCACGAGGUACGGAGGAUAAGAAGGAUCUGUGUUCGCUAUUCGACCUCGCGGAAGCAUGUCAGCACCACCUUGCUGAGGCUACUCGCAAGAACUGCCCAAGCCGCCGCUAUAGCAUCAUUCUGGAAGAACUUAGGUUGGAGGCCCGUAGACAUACCGGCUCGUAUCUGUCUCUAGAUGCUCCUGGAUAUAUUUCACAAGCCCUUGGGUCUAAUGCUGUCCAAAAUCACGACUCUACUGUCCCAAAAAAUACUAAGACCGCAAUUUUCUCGCAAACUCUCUCGCCAGCAUCUGGAUCUGUGAACUAUGCCGACACUUUCCCGCCGCCAGGCCUAAUUUCAGAGUCCUUCGACUUUAGCGAGGAUUUCGGGCUUCUUGAAAGCUUGGAAGGGCUGAACUGGUGGACUCAAUUAGAUUCUUGGGCAUUUUCAAAUCUUUCGGCAGAGCCCUCAAACCUGACUCUUUGAACACCGAUGCUUAUCCAUCACUAUGAUUGUUAUGGGCUGGAAUACCUAAUGUUAGGAGUACACAUUUAUGCCCCUUCAGGUUCCAUCAGCGAAGAGAACUCGAAGGGUGCCACCCACCCAUAAUUCGUAAAGCUCUCAUGCCACUUGUUCCUCUAAAGACAGAGGGAGUUGUUGUAGAAACGAGUCGUUCAACGGGUCUGCAAGAAGAGUUGUGAUCGUAAGGUCUCAUACUGAACUUCAAAUUUAGGGCUUAGAGUCAUUGUUUCUGAUGUUGGGGUC